GGCCUCUCAACGGGGUCCUUUGUUCUCGGCCUCAUUUGAUGCUCGGCGAACUACGCCGCGGAAGGUGCUUUAAAUCACACGCAGUACGAGCGGCCCCACGGCGGCGCAGCCCCGCGCACGAGGCGGAGGCGGGAGGCGGCGCGCGGCCCCGCACCAAAUUCUCGGCGGUGCAGCUGCAGGAGCUCGAGCGGAGCUUCCGCGAGCAGCGCUACAUCGGCGCCAGCGAGAAGAGGCGGUUGGCGGCGGCGCUGGACCUCUCGCAGAGCCAGAUAAAAACCUGGUUUCAGAAUCGCCGCAUGAAAUUUAAACGCGAGACACAGGAUGCCAGGGUGGAAGCCCUUGUCUCAGGCCUGUUCCUGCCCUACCACUGUUACCCGGAUACGGUGACACCCAGCUGUCUUCACGGGAUGGAUGUCAGUGUCUCCUCUAACCCCAGCACUCCCCUACACCCGGCAGGGCCUGGCCCGGCCCUUCUGGUGCCCCCUGUUGCAGCUCAGCUCCCGCAGGCAGCUUUGCCAGGCACAGCCUUGCUGCUUCCCCCUGGCCCAGCACUGCCUGCCUACUCAGCUGUGAUCCCAGCUGUGACUUUAACCAACGACCACAAAGGACUGAGGUUCCAGCCCUACCUACCUUCUUGUUAACAGCGCCAAAGAUUAUCUGUAAUCUGCCAAGUAUCUAAAGAGGAAUUAUUUAUUUAGUUAUAUUAAAUAUAUGGAUGGCUUA